UAUCUUUUUAAUAAUGGCAAAAUGUGCGAGUGAGACACAGGGCUCCGGUUUUGCUAUCUCAAGUGGACCGUUUUCUCUAGUCUGGUACGAACACCUUUCUGGCUCGGUGACAAGGUUCAAUUUGGUAUGGCAAAAAAAGUCAUUGCACUCUCCACUUUAAUAUAUACCUUCAAGUUUACAGCUGCCAGCUGGACACUUUAUUAGAAUAGUAACUGUUUUCCUAUAAGAGAUUGUUCUUUUUACAUCUACCCUCCAUGGUUGCACGGAUGUGAUUUUAAUAAUUCAUAAAGGAGGAAAUUUUUUAAUAACUUAUUAGUUUAUGGUUUUAAGAGUUGUCAUAUUUUGCUUUUGACACGAUAAUAAAUAAAUAUUUACAUAUUUACAUUUAUUUCAAUGAUCAAAAACUAAUCUACUUAUAUAUUCAAAUAGAGUUUAAAGUAAAUAUGAUUUUUUAGUUAACAGAGCAGUUUAUAUAAGUGAAUUUACUUUGUUCUAAGUGAAAAGUGGCAAAUCUAGUGAUAAUGGGAUCUGGAUUUAAAUCGUCUCUAUAUGCAUGUUUGCAUCUUAUGCCGGAUUGGAUGCGAAGAGUAAAAGAUGAUUAUAAGGAGGAAGCAUGCGGAGCUGGUGAAUGGGGACUGCACCUUCUAGAAAAGCAGGGUCGUGCUGCCGUAUGGGUGGUGAGCGCGGAGCUGGGAGUGCGCGCUCCCGGUGUGGCCGCGUUGGCCUGUCGCCUUAUGGAGCGUUACUUGUAUAGCCAGAUGCGGCACUUAGAUAGCCACCAGAUCCAGCGCUUUCAGCAGGGAUUGCGCUCAAGGAUACCCGCGUUAAUAUCAUCAUGCGUACAAAUAGCUGCUAAGAGUAACUCGGCCGCCAUCUCCCUGUCCGCCUCGCACGUGAGCAGCUACCUAUUCCGGCAAGGAGUUGAUCACUCCGUCAAAGAUGUCGUCACGUGGGAAUAUCACGUGUUUCAAACUAUCGGUUACCGCGUGCCACUGUGGACGAGCGUGGAGGUAGCCGAGCUGCUGGCGGUGCAGACGCGGCUGCCGCCAACGUUGCUGGAGCCGCUGGGCAUCGUCGUCAAUCUAGCCGAGUUCAAGCGCGACCGGCUCGACCGGCGCGUGCGUUGGGUCGCCAACGUUUCACCUCACAAGUACCUGUGCACAAUGGAAGGGUUCCUGCACCAUAUGGCGCCGCAGUUCCUGCAUCCCGCGCUGCAGAGCUUCGGUUGCGGCGCCUUCCGGCCUAUCGGGGGCGCCUUCCACCCUCUGUACCCGGGAAAGGCCUUCGCAAGGCACUUGGGGGAGCAGUAUGCUCUCGGACAAUCCGUCGGACAAGCUCUCAGGAGCGUCCGGGACGACAGUAGCACGCCGCCACUGUACCGGCACUACCCGCGCGACGACACUAGCUCCCCAGGCUCCGCCGCCUCGGCGUCGCCGCGACCCUGCAAGGAGGAUGAGCCGCCCGCCACCGCGCCCUGCACUGACUCUCAUGAUUUCUUCUCUCCUGAUGGCGAGCGCAAGUCAGCAUGUGGCGUGUGCGGUGCGCGGCUGGGCCCGGGCGUGGCGCAGGCACACUUUCUGCAGGAGCUACAGCACCUCUACAGCCUGAGCGCAUUGCCACGCGACGCCGCGCCGCCCACGCACUCGCUGCUUCACCAGGAUGAGGACGCGCGCUGGGAGACGUACCAGCGUAUCCGCGCCAACCGGCAGCGGCGGCUGAAGUUGCGCACUCGCAAGCGACAUCACACCGUAGAGAGCAUGCUCGGGUACGACCUGGAGGAGGAGCGGCGCGAGGAGCGGCCGCGCGAGCCGCGCUACGACGCUGAGGACGAGCCCGUCGACGUCGAGGGCGACUCGCUCGGCUGGCCCGACCAGCCCAUCAACCUCGAUGAAAAAGAAACACGAAACGAUGGUGAAAAGUUGCACCUGAAUUACGCUGAGGACCUUGAAAUAUCCAGCACGAACGACGCCAUGCAGUCACCAGAACGCGUGAGGAUUGAAACUCCGAAGCCGCUGUCACUUGAGUGCGCGCCGAAGACGGAAAGCGCGGAGAGGCCGGCGGAGGUGUCCACGUCAGAGUGGGCUGCCGGGGCCCCCGCCGCGCGCGACUCCUGGCCGGCCAUCGCCAUCGAGGCCUACGUGCACGCCGCGCGCCACAAGAUCGACGGAGAAAAUUUGCCCUCCUCUACAGACUCCCGCAACUAAACACCUCGCCCACUCCCAUAUCGCCAUUUAUCAGAUAUUAAUAAAAGUUCAUGUGUUAUAUUGGCCCUAAGUGUAAUUACCAGUAGACUAUAGAAUGCUUGUGGCCAACAUAACCAAAAUUAUAUAGGUACACUUCUAAGAUUGUGCACCACUUCAUCAUAAGUAGGUAUAUGUAUGAGUAGGUUCAUAUAAACCAGUGAGUGUUUCAAGAUAUCUAGAUACUAAGGCUUCAUUUAACAAUGUCGUUCUGGUUCAGCCUAGCCUAACUUUACCAAUAUUGUGAAAAGUAGCCCACCUUGGGGUUAAAAAAGUUAAACACUAAUUUUUGAGUUUGUAAAUCUUAUGAUAAUAUUUAUUGUGGUUAAAUCAUGAGAGCGAGGUGAGGUGAUUAGCUAAUUAGAUUCGGUGUUCUAUAGAUCCGGUACAAUUUGUGUUGUCUAUUUUCAGUACGAAGUACUGAUGUAUAGCUAAGUAUGUAUAUAAGAUCUAACGGAAUGUUACAAAACCCAAGCUAUAUUAUAGGCAUACAUCGGGGUUUUUGG